AAAUCUUUGAUUCAUACAAGGUUGAAGGAAGCAUUGGAACAAGUUGUAUCCCGCAUGAAACCUUCCUUAAGCAACAUCUUAGAAACUCCCGAAGAAUCAUUGUUAGAAGCGGUGGUUAGCCAAUGGAUGAUGUUAUGCGAACAAUUGAUAUUAGUUAAAAACAAUAUUGCACUCAUGGAUUCAGCCUUUGUAGCAUUAGGAAAAGCUUCGAUAUGGGAUAUAGGGACGUUGGCAUUCCGUAAGAGAACUGCUUGUAACGUGGAAUUUAAUAAAAGACUCAUAGAGA